CGCCGAGGGAGAAGGUCGUGUCGUUGUCUAUCAGCGAUCAUCUUCGAAGAAGACGAAGCAGGCCAGCGCUCUCUCUCUCUCUCUCUCUUCGGUGAAAGUGUCUUCAGGUGGCUGAUCGCUCUCCUCGAAGCUUCCUUCCUCACAAACUCAGUUUCCUGCCUUCCUUCCUUCCUUCCUCUCUUCCUUCGGGUACCAUGGAGACACGACGUGGCAAGCAACAGUCGCAGCGUGAAUUCUGAAGAGAUCCUGAAACGAAGAAGGAAGGAGGGAAAAUCCGAAGAUGCUGCACGGCGCUUUGCCGAGGGCCUUCUUGGCCUCCGGUCUUAAUUACCUGGGUUACUACAGCGAGGAGGUCCACCCUGCCUACGCCGCGCCACCCGCCACGUGGCACAUCCCGAUGGAGGACCCGUCUUCGCCGGUAUACUCGAGAAUCUCCACCGAACAUCAUUCGUCGUUGCAGUCCUGGGAGUCCUCGAGGUCCUCGACUCCGUGCCCGUUGGACUUGUCACUGAAGCCACCGCCGACUCCGAGCACUCCAAAGACAGAGGAGAUGAUUGAGGUAGGCGACGAGAAAGAUCUUAGGAUCCGCGAUAGAAUCCAAGCUCGGCCGGGUGAAAGUCGUACAGAUAGUCAGGAAGAGCAGCUGGUGGUGGACGACUUAGAUACCUUGCGUAGCUCUUCGGCACAAAGCCAUCACAGUCACUAUGAGCGACUGGUCCUCAACAAGGAAUCACCUCGUCUUCACGACCCGGUGAUGGAUAAAAUCCAUCUUUCCGAAGAGAGCACACGACUGCCGUCGUAUCCUAGCAACGAUUUCAGUUCAAAGUACCAUCUACACAACCAGAAGCUCCUGCUGACAAGUCCGACGCACAUACAGUCGAUGCAAGGUUAUCACCAGCAGCUAUUACUGACGCCGCAGCAUCAUCUUCAGGGUGUGCACGCACCUAUGACACCACCCAGCACCCCGUCGCCGCCUCAGUGUCCUCGAAGAAGAGUUCGGGAGGAGGACCUCGCGUCACCAUCCUCAGGACUCGCCAGUAGCGCCUCCCUCACGACCCCGAAGCAAAGCAGCACGGAGAAGACCACCAAUAAUCAGAGGCCCAAGAAGAAGCAUGCCCGACGACUCAAGUUCGACGAGGACACCAGCAGUCCAGUGUCGGGUACGGUAAUUUUGGGCCCAGAUGAGGCGGUGGUGACCGGCGACAUCGAUCCCGCCUUCAACAUCGUCGAGGUCACGGAGGAGGCGCGAGCCGAGCUCGCCAAGAUCGAGAAUCGACUCGGCCCGUAUCAAUGCAAGCUCUGCCGGCAGCUUCACGAGGACGCCUUCCAGCUGGCGCAACACCGCUGCUCCAGGAUCGCCCACGUGGAGUACCGUUGCCCCGAGUGUGACAAGCGCUUCUCCUGUCCAGCCAACUUAGCGUCCCAUCGACGCUGGCACAAGCCCAGACUGCCGAACAACGACGGCAAUUCCUCCUCGAGUGCGGCCAACUCCUCCUCGCCGUCGUCGUCAUCGUCGUCGUCCACAUCGUCGGCUGCCAAUACGGAGAUUCCCUGCACUAGAUGCGAGGCCAAAUUCACCAGGCAGGCUGCACUGAGAAAACACUUGGCCGCUCAGCACCCUGAGACCAUCACCAAUAACACCACCGGCAGUAACAACAACAACAACAACAACAACAACAACGUCGUCGACGGUCAAGAAGCCAUCGUGAAACCAGAAGUCGUGCAGACGCUUGCGACCGGCCAGUUGACCAGCGAGAUGACCUGACACCAAUUUCCGGCGAGACCCCUGCCGAGACGACCCGGCCUCUACUGGAGAUUCGGCCUUGACCUGUGAGGGCUGACGCGAGGGCUGGCUGGCUUCUUAUCAAUCCAUUCCGCCACCGACGUCGUUGAGGCUUUCGUAAGUAUAAGUGCACAAUCAAAAUGAUCCACGUACUCGUCCGUAGUAUUAAGGCAGGAGACUGAAAAAAGAAGAAAAGAAAAAAAAAUAGAUACGUAGGGGAGAAGAAAGAUCGGGAAGGAUUAGGGGAGACGCUUCUCUUAUAAUUUUUAGGUUUUCUCUUUUGCAAUUGCACAAAACUUCCUCAAGUCACAACAUCUGAAACGUUGCUAAUAUCAAUCAUCGAUUAUCAGCCGUAAUUGGUUCCUGAAAAAUUUACUCCACUUCGCGGAUUAAAUUCUAUUCAUCUAUAUUGCAAACUGUCAUGUAAGGCACCAAAAAGGCACCAAACUUUGAAAUCGUAAACAUGGAACUUUGACUGAUAAGGAGUUAGAGAACACUAGGACGCACAUAUAUUAAUAUUUGUUAUUUUCAUAGCAGUGAUGCGCCAGCGACGCGCUUUCGUUUGACUGUUGCAGUAGAAAAAACAAAUCCUGGCUAUGAAAUUGAUAGAUUUGGAAUUAUAUAUGUUCAGAUAAGAUGUAAGAUUACCGUUAUUAUGUAAAUUUCUCUACUCAGGAUCAGUACCGGGAAGAAACAGGGUCGUGCAUCACUAUUGUAUGAAUCAAAUAUAAAUUUGUAUGUAUGUGUCGAUUGUAUUGUAAACAGUAGUAAAAACUGACAGAGAUAAUCGAGAGUAAAAUAUAAAUUCCAUUUGUGUAUAUGUGUAUGUGUGUGUAUGUUGCGUGCGUGCAUGUGUGUGUGUGUUACUAAGAAUCGUAGGUGAUACAUAGCGCAUUUGCAAUUGAUAACAUAUUAAGCGGUCAGGAGAAAGAAAGAGAAAGGUGUCGAAAUAUGAUAGAUACAUUUCCGGAUAUGACCGACGCGAAUGUUUAACACAUUUCUCACGAUCAGAUAAUUAUUGUAAUGAACGGUGCGAAAUCGGCUAUAAAAUCGUGUGAGACAACGCGCGUUUAUAAUUAAUAGUGAUACGCGAUUCACAUCAAAACGUUGACGCACAGCAAAUUACAUUGCUUGACGGUCAUGAGUGGUUGGCGCAAAACGCGAUAAAAUUGUGCCGGACAAAUUGUGUUGCGCAUCAUGUCGGGAGUUUUGCUGAUUAAUUAAACGGUUAACGUAGCAAUCGUAGCAUAGCUGUUAAGAAUCGAGACCAUCGCGAUGGUGCACCAUUGCCGAAAGCGUGAGAAUUUCGAUAUCCGAGAGUGCUUCUGUAAAUUUCUGUAAAAUUCCGAACGAUGUGAUUGCAAAUGAGCGCGAGCGAGCGAGUAGACCGACGUGGUGUCUCGCGCGAUGUAAAUCUGUAUAUAGCACGCACGAUGUCUGUAUAUAUAGCGAAGUGCGAUUAAGCUAAGCGAUAAAGGCUAUCUAACACGGCGAUCUCAAUUUGUCUAGCGUUAAGUCGUCCGCGCCGACUUUAGGCCGCGAUUAGGCGUCUAUUAGGUGUUGUUACGACACCCUUUAGGCUUGCUUUCGCCAACGUCGCUUAAUCACGCGGUCUCACCUUAAUUGAUUCCUCAUCAUUUUUCAAGACAACGUGAUCUAAAUUACGCUCGAGUCCAAACGCGCGCGAGUCUAGUCGUAAACGUCGUACUCACCCAUUCACGUGAGAAAUUUCCUCGAGCGAUAAUUUCACCUUUAUUUUAGAACAUAGAUAGUUUAUCCGGCAUAAGUAUUAGUAAUACACGCGCUACUUUAAUGUCAAUGUUAAUCGACGUUGGCGAAAUCGGCGAUUAGUCUUAAAUUUAGCGCACCGGUCCCAGCGAUCAAUCUCAUACAGCUGAAAUCAAAGAUAGUUAAGGCGCUUGAAAUGCGCAGUUCAUGUCGAAUUCUGCGACGAUGGUAUCGGGAGCAAACUCGAAUUUCGAAGGGCAGCAUUGAACACUCUUCGAGAGUUCAACGGGAGGGAAGAAAUAACGAAAGUCUGAUAGAGUAGAUCUCUCUAGUCACGAUUAAGAAACUAAUUUUCAGUCGUAGAAUCUAGUCAUUAAUUGGAAUUAGAGUAAGUUAUAGGCAUAUAUGUAAUGAAAAUUGUCUAGUCAUCUCACGCAGAGUCCGUUGCAACCUACCUUGAAAUGGCAAAGAUUUACAGAGAAAUAACGAACAUCGCAAUAAAAUAUCGCGACUUUAAUUAUAAAGACAAAGUUCCGAGUGGAGAUGCAGCCUAGUCAAUCGAGAUGUACCUUAAUUUCUAGUCGCAUAGAUUAUCCUUAUUAUGCCUUUAAUAAUGUCUUUUGUCGCUUGAGUGCAAUUUUUCGUUUGCGUUAUCUUUUGAGUUUUGCAUUAUCGAUCGCUCCAUUAAUUCGGAGCGGAAGAGUACUUUCUAGUCCAAAUCGUAGCUUUUAGGUGCCACGACGUUAUACGUUUACGACACGGGUAGCAGGUGUAUUUAAUUAAUAUGUACAUAAUCUAGUCCGAAUGUAAUCUCUAGUCCGCUAUGAUGAACGUUAGUUCGGGGGAGAGCAUGCCUGCUUAGAAAUUAAUAAUUAUCAGUCAUUUUUAAUCGUAGUAUCUCUAGUCAUUACAAAUAGAUAGAGAAGGGAAAGAGGAGAGGGAGGGGGGGGGAGAGAGAUAGAGAAUUACAUGAAUUUGCAAUUCGGGAAUAAUGCAAUUUUAAGUUUCGACUUGAUGCGCACGAUCGAUCAAGUUGGUCUUCAGUAUUUCAGUUGCAAUAGAAAGAUAUGUCGCAAUAGAUAGUUGUAGGACAAAAUAUUGGUAUGACCUGUACACGGCCAGCCGAACGCAGCUUGUCGAACUUCCUUCUUGAUUUUUAAUUGACGGGCUCUUCGUUAGUGUUCCACAGACGCGUACAGGGAAAGAAAGAGGAUUUCAGUUCGGAUGAUUAAAUGGGGAUCAGACGAAAAACUCAUUGACGAGAAAUAAUAACUCUGUUACUAAACACAUUUGUUCGGACAUUCAGCAUUAAAACUCAGUUGAAAUAACUGAGAACAGUUGGCCAAAUAAUUCUCCUACGCUGGAAUCUUUCUGUUCCUACAACCGAGUUUUUCACCAGGUCUCCAAGUAACAGUAAAUUUAGUUGCACCAACGGAGUUGUUUCUCCCGUGUACUAAUCAUUCAUUCGCAGUACAUAGAUCUAGUUGUAGAAUUAUACGAAACGUAGUACAUGUUAUCGACCUAUCUAUAAUCCAUAGUCUUAAGGCUGUAAUAUUAGGUGCACGUCGUAUAUACUUCGUCAUGUAUAAUUAUCCAGAAACGGUGAGAUUGUAUAAGUUUCUAAGGUGCACACACUACAUGU